AUGUUUUUUAAAACUUUUAACUCUGGCUCAGUCACGACCCACUUCGUGAUCUUAUCUCUUUCCUUCGCCAUCAACGUCAACAAAGCAACAUCAGGAAAUGUCACUUGGCCAACAGAUUCAAUUCCACAGCGUUAUGAAGAGACGCGAAUUUCCGACUCACCCAACAACACAACCUACCCACCAAGCGAUGUGGAAUGGAGCAAGCCAGUCAUUCAACGUUGCCUUCGCACGGCAUGCUUUUUCUCGUAUGGAUCGAGCAGACUGACUUCCAAACUGGAAGAAGCCAGGCAGGCCUGCAGUCUGAUGAAACCGGGCAGUUCGCUGCUGCAACUGUCUGACUCUUUUUUAAACACUGACUACAGAGCUUUCCACAAGGCCGAAUUAUUGGCUGGACGUUCCAUAUUGAAUGCAGACUGGACAGAACAAAAUGGAUACAUCUGGGCCACUACAAGAACGAUAAUCCCAGGAAUUCCAAAAGCGAAAAGCAACUGCCCACUGUAUGCAACUGAUCAGGGCAUCGGGCAAACAUCAUCGUGUGCCAGUCCGUCAUACAUCGUCAGAGACGAGAAGAUCGUCAUCAAGAAAACCAACAACGACGAAAACGAGAUGGACAACAACAGUCGGAUCAACGACAGCAACAAUGAAACGAACCGCCGAACCAGUAACUACAUCAAAACUUGCGUCCAAGCCACCAGCAGCAGCAACAACAACAACAAAACUCACGCAUACAAGCAAACAAACAAGCACACAAGCUACCACAAAACCAAUCAGGUCGGAACCGUCUACGUGAAACCGGCACCUCAAACCGACAAUCUGCACAUGCACUUCAGUGGUACAUCCCUGAAAAAUAACAAGUACAUCACUAAUCAUCCGUUCUACGGCGAACAGUCUUAUUCCGUCAAAAGAUGA